CGCCUCAGCGACCUACUGCGCAUGACCGCCCCUGGUUGCCAAGGCAGCGGGAAGGCGUUGCCCGGAAGAGUUUCCUUACGGAACGGUCAGCUCCAAAACCCAUUCCCCAGGGGCUCAGGACUGACUAGUUCCUGAGGCAAUCUUGACCACUGCAAAGCAGAUGAUGAAUAGAGCCUGAUGCAAUGUGAUGGCCAUCCGCCUAGAAGCCCGAGGAUUCAGAGAAGCAGGGGAAAUUGACCCAGACAGACAUCGGGACUAUGGCAGACUUUUCUAAGGAGACCUUUGAGUCCUUUACUGAUGAGGUGCAGAGUUCCGGUUCAUUCAGUUCCUCUGGAGGACGGCAGCCCUGGUCCUAUGCCUCUGGGAGUAAAUCCGAGAGUGGAACGCCGACUUCACGCUUGCAAUAUGGAGACAACCAAUCUGAGUUUUCACACUUCAAAAAUAAUGAAAAGAAGUUGAGCAGAAAAUGGAUCAACAACCUCAAGGGCAAGGAAACGAACUCUGGCCAGUACCAACCAGACACUAAACUUGAAACAGAAAUCACUCAGGCAUCCCUUGAAGAAUUGAAUGCCCUGCAGUCUUUCUGCACCUUUAAGAUAAACCUAAUCCAUCAUAGUGCGAACUCUAAGGGGAAAAAGAGCAGCAGACAUAAAAAGCUGCAGCUUGGAUCGGAUGCAGAGGCUCCAGAGGUAGAUGCCUUAAACUGUACUACUGUCCCCGAUGAGCUUUUGAACAGAAUCUAUUUUAAAAACAUGAGGACAACACCCAAAGAGGUGGUAACAGCUAAGCAACACAUUUCUUCUCGGUGUCCCAACUGUAACAGGAAAAGAGCGGAACUGGCCCAAUCUGCCUUCCUGAAACAGAAGAAGACUUUACUGGAGUCACUUCUACUCCAAGAGAAAAUAGAUGAACAUCUUCAUAUGAAAGACUUUCUUACCCUUAUUGGAGAAAUACAUCAGAGCCUUCCCAGGCUUUCCGAUGACCCCAGAAUAAUCUGGGAAAGACUGAAGGAGAAAAGUCAGAUUGGUUACUCUGGGUUUGAAAGGAGCAGAGCAUUUGGCCUGACCGUUAGCAUGACCGUUAUCGCGAGACCCUGAGCCAACAGUCAGCUCGCAGUGGUUCUCGCGGCAGAGAGUGUGGUGAGAGGUGAGAGGCGGUUGCAGGGCCUGGGACAGGCUGAGGGCCGGGUCCCGCAGAGCCCCAGAGCCCUCGCCGCAGCCGCCCGCUAGCCAGGCCCAGACCUUGAAGCAGCGAAGCAGCAGCGAACCUCUCCCCCAUCCCGACGUCUGCAACCUAAUGGCGGCGGGCGGUCUCCAUGGGUCGCAGUCCGUGGAGGCCUCAGCACCUGGAGUAUACGGGCACUGCCGUUGAGGUAACAGCUUCAACCCGCUUCAGUCUCUGCAUUCAAGUUUCAAAAGUUGAUGCAGCUUAGAUCAGUUGUCUCCCCCUAGGAGGUGGCCAGAGGCCAGGGUUAAGUUGUAAGGACAUUGCACGUCAUUAGCAGGUCCACCUCUGUGGUUGGGCUCUUCUCAAAGAAGGGCAGUUGCUGUGAGCUGGGGAUUCACCUGAUGGGCAUUUGCUACAACACGUAUUCCUGUCGAUCGUAUACAAACGAUUCUCUCCAGGUUAAAUGAAAAGCCUGAGGGCCGGCUGGGUCCUGGCCGCCUGGCUCCCUCAUUGAUGAUGGCUGGGCAGGGUCUGGGGACCUGGCCCUGAGGGCGCUGCCAGCUGCCCCCUCACCCAGGCCUGGGCGCUGGCGGGAUGACCCAGACUGGGUGCUGGAUGAAAGCUCCUGGGCAGGGUAACUGGCCCGCGCAGGGACCCCCUCCUGUAAGCCAGGGCCUGGACCUCGGAGGGUGAAAGUUGAGCCUUGGGACCUUGCCCUUUCUUGUUAGAACAGAGAAUAACAUUUGUUUCGGUGGAGGUUUAUAAGAACACCGUGACCUGGCCUCAAGAACAAAGGAUCCAACACCUUUGUUACUUUGUUAGAAGUUUGUAACAACUAACCAUGCCCCUCCCUAUAAAAGGGCUAUAAAAGGACUUUGAUGAAAGCUUUCCAGGCGUCCAGGGUUUUUAAGGCAUGAGCUACCAGUCUCCUUGCAUGGCCCUGCAAUAAACCUUUCUGUGCUCCAAACUCUGACGUUUUGGUAUUGUUUGGCCUCAGUGUGUGCCGGGCACUCGGACUUAAGUUCGAUAAUAUUUCUACAGGUACUCUGGAAACUUAAGAGUUUACUGUGCUUCCUUCACGGAUUUGAGGACUAAAGACUUUCCACCCAGUAUUUUUUCAGAUUCUAGAGGGCAACAUUUUCUAGUUGAAAUAGUUACAAAGUUUUUAUAACAAUCCAGGAGAGAGAUGCUGACAAUUUGGACUAGGGUUUCGACAGUACAGAUAGAAAUAGAGAUCUAAGAAAUACUUAGAAGGUAAUAAUUGACAUUCGUUGGUGAAGAAAUGGAUAUGGGGGUUUAAUAAAAGGUAAAUGUUAAGAAUGUUACUAAGUUUCUGACUUGUGCAUUUGGAUGAAUGAUAAUUCAUUAAGAUAGGAGCAUUGGAAGAGGAUGAUGUUUGAUUAAGAGGGUGAUUAUUUGGACAUGGUUAGUUUGAGGAAUAUUUGAGACAUUCAUAUUGAGAGAUUGAGAAACAUUUGGUUAUUUGUGCUUGCAAUCUGGAGAAAAGGUCCUGAGGGGGUGGGGAUCACUGGCAUAUAUGUCAUAGAUGUGGUGAGCUCUUCUAGAAGAAAGGAGAAUGACAGGAGAAGAAGGGCUAUGACCAACUCCUGAGAACUUCUACCCACCAAUUAAUGGCUGAGUAGAGGAGAAUAAGACAGCAAAGGAGGUUGAGAAGAAGUCAUCAUAGAAGGAUAAAGGAAACCAGGAAAGAGUCGUGUCAGAGAGACCAAAGAAAGAGAACAUUUCAAGAAGGAUGGGUUGUCUAAGCAUGCCAAUGCCACAGAGUUCACAGGAGAUGAUUUAGUCAUGUGUUUGCUUCUUUGACUUAACAACAGCAACUUCAUUCAUAAAAGUUGGGCUGACUGACAGUAGAUUGAGGAAUAAAUGUAAGCUAAGGAAAUGAGGAAUAUGGGUAUAGACUUCUUGAAGUUUAGCUGUGGAGGGAAAGCAGGAGAGGUAAUUUUUCUAUAUGUCUAACACUUAAGCUAUCACAGUCAAAAAUUUGUAAAAAUCAGCAAAAAAAUAGCCUUUGUAUCAGCAAAAAAUGACCUUUGUAUCAUGUCAAUAUUACUCUUUGCCUUUUAGACCUUCAUUUAUGUAUUUAGAUACUCUUUUUUUUCCCUAUAAAAUUUAGUGUCUUUUCUCUUAGUCAUUCCUAAAUAAAAUGGGAAAUAAAAUCAUUACCAUUUUCACAGUAACUUUUUAUUGAAAUUCACGUUACAUCUUGCUUUAUCUUUGCCAUCUUAAUAUAUUCGCAUUUCUCAUAAUCAGAAUGCUGAAUAAUUUCCCCAUUAAGGGUCAUAAUUCACCCUUUAGUCAACUAAGUAUUCCAGUCCAUGCG